CUUUUUCUCACAGUUAGUCUGUGUAAUCUUUUCCUCUAACAACUUCACACAGCUCCUUAUAAUACAGUAAAUGUGUGUUCUGUAAAAACAUUCUUUUGUUUGUUUUUUGGGUUUUUUUUUUUUUGGCAGCUCUGUUUGGAAGAAGAGCUUCUGCCUGCCAUAUCACUGAUCAGCAUGGACUCGAGGGAAAAUACAAUGCCAGCAGCAGAAACAGUGGUGCCCGAGGCUCCAUCAAGCUACCAAUUAGCUUCAAAAAACGAUAGCUCUACUCUUCUCAUUGGACCACCAGAUUAUUCACCACUACGCAGUGGAUUACCGAGUUCCUUGGUAAAGAAGAAGAGGGGUAGGCCAAGAAAGUAUGUCCCAGAUGUGUUCAUUGGCUCUAGUGGUGAAAGUGGUCGCACAUUGUCGCCAAUCCCAAUCUCUGCUUCUGCCCCACCAGCCUCUGCUAAUUACUCUGAAUUAAAAUUUGGUGAACCAGAAGGAAGUAGUGGCAGCUUUCCGGGUGAGAAGAAGAAGAAAGGGAGACCAAGUUUUUCAGAGACUAAGUCAAAACACGCUUAUGGGAGUAUGGAUUUAGGUGACAACAUCUUGUCGGGUGGAAGUUUUACCCCUCACAUGGUCACUAUUAAUCCAGGAGAGGACGUGACCUCUAAGAUUAUUUCGUUUACAAAAGACGGGCCUCGGUCAAUAUGCAUUAUUUCAGCCCUCGGUGUCAUUUCACAUGUGACUUUACGCCAAGCCAGUUCAUCUGGAGGCAGUGUAACAUAUGAGGGAAGAUUUGAAAUUCUUUCGUUAUCUGGAUCUUUUACUCCUGGUGAGGUUGAAGGAGUUUUAUCCAAAGAAAGUAAAAUGAGUAUAGCCUUAUCUAGCUCUGAUGGGCGUGUGGUUGGUGGUCAGCUUGGUGGACUUCUCACGGCUGCUGGUCCUGUCCAGGUAGUCGUAGCCAGUUUUCUACCAAACAUAGGAGGUCCAAUUGAACCAAAACUGAGUAAACAGAAGACAAUUGCUAAGCACCCAACUCCCAUGGCGCCAUCCACUGAACAUCUUGCAAUUGUAAAGCUUCAGAACUUAAACGAACAAGUUCACGAAAGGUCCGAGGUAGGAAAUACAAAUCCUAACCCUGCACGUAACUUCCAACUCGAGAACCAUACGUCUGCAAGUGUGCAUGAUUGGAGAAGAUCCGCCACUGACAUGAAUGUGUCAUUGAAAGAAGAAUGAAUCUGCAGCACGUACGUGUUGUUCUUUCACAACCAUGUUAAUUUAUCAACUGAUUUUAGGUGCACCAGGGUUGUGAAUUUUAGGAUAUUUAAGACUAGCUAGGAUUUUAGUCUAAUGGAAUAGGAAAUGUUGUCAUGUUGGUUUGUUGCUACUUGCAUUCUAUUAUAGCUUUCUAGAAGUCAUAGUAAAAGUCAAAGCUUAGGAGUAAUUGUUAUUGUAUGUUGAUGCUUAUUUCUUGAACAUGUUAGGAAUCAUAAGGAAUGCGUUUAUUGGUGUUGAA